AAAUGUAUAUAUGUAUAUAUCAAAGAAAAAGUAUUCAUUUUUAUAUCUAAAUUUUAUUUAAUAUAAGAUAAUAAAGCUUCAAUUAAUUUUAUCUAAUAAGUAAAAACAACAAACAACAAAUGUUUCGUUCAAAGGCAUUUUCUUUCUUACAUAAUAUUAUAGAUAGAAAUUUAUAUAAUGUAGAAUCAAAUUAUAACAAAUCAUUUCAAUAUAUAUUAUAUUCAACUAAUAUUGAAAAUUCAGAUAAUACUUCAAAUAUAACUUUAACAAAAAAUAUAGAUGAAAUUUCCCAGCAACCUAAAACUUCAAAUCAAAAAUCAGAAAAAAUUGAUACUUCAGUUAAAACUUUAUCCGAGAUUACUAUUGAAGCAUCACCUGGAUCAUCAAAUACUACAUCUAAUCCCAUAGAGUCUGAUGAGUCUGAUAAACUUUAUAAAAAGUUGGAAAUUGAAAUAAGAGGAAAUGAUCCUGAAGUUCUUAAAAGCUAUGGAGAAUUUGCUGUUAUGGCAGCAAAUUAUUUAGACAUCUUUGUUGGUAAACAUAUUGCAUUACGAAAGCCUAUCCAUGAAAGAUUAACAGUACUUAAGUCUGUUCAUAUUCAUAAAAAACAUCGAGUUCAGUAUGAAACAAGAACAUAUUAUAGAUAUCUUGAUCUUCUUAAAUUAACUGGCUCAACUGCAGAUACAUAUUUAGAAUAUAUAGAAAGAAAUCUUCCAGAAGGAGUAGCAAUGAAAAUUACAAAGGUGGAAUUACAAACUUUACCAGAAAAAAUUCAGCAAGCAACACCUUCAUAAUAAUGAAUAAAAUAAGUUAUUACAUUACAUUUUAAGAAAUAGACAAAUAAAUUACAUUUGAAU